AUACACAAUGAAUAAGCUUUUGGGGGUUCAUAUCGACAGGUGCCAUAAGCAAAGGCACUUAUUAAAGAGCGUCUAUUAGUGUGAGUAGAUAUCGCAGAACGGUGUUGACGUGGUGCGCCAGCAUCAAAAUCUUUGCGGUCCAUCUUGCACUUGCAGUCUCGCUUGUCGGUUACGCUGAAAGUGUUGUCCAGCAUUCGUCAGUCUGCUUUGUAUUAGCACACUCUCUUCGUGAUAUAUCCGACUUGUGUCGGAAACUUCACGCCCCGCCAUGGCGGAAAUGCCCAUCUGCCGUUGGGGUAUUGUUGCAACCGGCGGCAUCUCUGAGCAAUUCGUGAGGGACCUGCUCAUGUCAGACUGGCCCGAGAAGAAGGCCAACCAUAUCAUCCAGGCGAUUGGCUCCUCGUCACUCGAGAAGUGUAAGAGCUUCGCUGCAACCUGCGUUACUCCCGCAAAACCUGCCGUCCAGCCGGCCCUCUAUGGCUCUUAUCAGGAGGUAUAUGAUGACAAGAACGUUGACUGCGUCUACAUAGGGACGCCGCACAGUUUCCAUAAGCGGAACUGUCUCGACGCCAUUGAAGCGGGCAAGAACAUCUUGUGUGAGAAGCCUUUUGCGUUGAACGCUACGGAGGCCGAAGAGGUGUUUGCAGCGGCCAAGGAAAAGGGCGUUUUCGUCAUGGAAGCGUUCUGGACGAGGUUCUACCCGCUAAUCAAGACACUUCAGAGACUUCUUCACGAGGAGAGGAAGCUCGGGACGAUCUACCGGACCUUCUGCGACUUCGGUCUUGACAUCGAUAUCUCCAGCUUACCGGAGACGAGUCGUUACAAAGAUCCAGCGUUAGGUGCCGGGAGCCUCCUGGACAUUGGGAUAUACUCGAUCACAUGGGGAUUGAUGACACUUUCCCCCGAGACAGGCGACAAUGCGGAACAGCCAGAUGUCAGUAGUACACAGACAGUCAUUGAUGGGGUGGAUGUCGCGAGCCAAGUGCUGCUCCAUUUCCGCAGCACAGGUCGUCAGGGCAUCUGCACGUCAACUACGACUUUCGAAUGCAUGCACCCGUUCGCACGUCUAGAGGGCAGUGAAGGUCGGAUACUGGUAGACGGCUCCACCCCGUCUAGUCCGAGGAGUUUCACGUUCUAUCCCAAAGACGGUGGCAAGGAGGAGCGUUAUGAGUUCGAAAAGCCAGGUAAGGGGUUCUGGUGGGAAGCGGACGCUGUUGCACAAGAUCUGCAGGCUGGUAGGAAGCAGAACCAGACUAUGCCUUGGGCUGAAACGCUGAGAGUGUUGAGCAUUAUGGAUGGCGUUAGGAAGAGGAGUGGUACGAGGUUUCCGGUGGAUGCCUGGUGAAGGCGCAUCAAUCGUUCCAUAGGAUGUUGUUCUGGUAGAUCACUGGUGUUAAACGAAUUCCGUCAAACGCAGCCUGCCAUUCGACGCGGCGUCCCACAACCGUGGCAGCUUCAGUAAUUGAUUGUGCUGCAUUGCCAACUUCAGCCAGGGAAGGAAAAGAGCGCCCACAUCGGGACGCCCCACUUUGGGUUGACCGAUGCCGGUGAACAGCCCAUGGAGGGGUGAGAGGGGCACCUGGACUGGCGCGAAUGACCACUCGUUGGUAAAGAAUGGCUGUAGCCACCGGCUCGGUGGCUUUCACCGUGAUGUGGGCCACGGUCACUGGAUGGUGCACUAAAGCACCGCUGCUUGGAGAUUGAAAACGUGCAACAGAAGCCUCAGCAGACCCCUUC